GAGUGGUUCAAUUCGUUUCAAUUGCUCAGUGCAUACCAGCAUAUACCGGUGUGUACGUAGUAAACAACAAAAUUGUGAAAAUUAAGAAUAUGGAUAAGAAAUUGAGUGCCAUAUCAAAGAAAAAGAAGAAGAUUAAGAAUAUGGAGGAUGAUCCCGUCGUUAAAGAGAUACCUGUGUAUCUGUCCAAGACUUUGGCAAAUGAACUGUACGUUAUUCAAUAUCCAUUGUAUUACAAGGGCUACGACAAUACUACUGUUAACAAAAUAUCCAUGAAACCUAAGAAUCAGAAGUUUCGUAUGGAGUUUUUAAUAGAUACACAGAACACAGAAUCUUAUGAUCGUAGAUUUGGAGAAGAAUUAGUUCUCAAUGCUGAGAGCGAAUCCAAAGGGACUGACGAAAAUGAACAAAUAACAUUUAACAGUGGAUUAAUGGAUAAAAUCGUGCUCGCCUCAGAAGGAACAUUGCCGAACAUCUCAAAUUAUGCGGUCGGGAUCUUUCAGGACGGCGAACUGCACAUCACACCAUUGAAAAAUAUGUUGCGUAUGAAAAUACAAUACGAUUAUCUGGACGAGAGCGACAAACGCGUCAAGGAAGGAACGAAAAUUGCGGGCGAAGACGACGACGAAGACGAAGACAAUCCCUCACCAGUGAAAGUGACAUUUGCCAGGCCCCCAUUGGAGAACGUAAAGAAGAAGCAGUCCUUCCAUCAACAUUCCAAGAAAACUCAAGAGGAACACUGGAUACACACGAAUUACAUACCGCCUUAUGACCCGCAAGCCGAGCUGACGCAAAUGGAGAUGUUCUGUCCAUCACCGGAGUCGCUAAGCGCCUCGAAUGUAGAACCGUUACAGUACGUGCAGCAACUUAUGUCUCAAGUACCUGAGGCACGUUACCUGCGAAGUUCUCCUGAGGAUCAGCUGGACCUACACUACAUUUUGACCAUGCCGUUGCUCGAUCAGAUCAGAAUAAUUAUGAAACGCGUGCGAAUCAUAUCAUUCUCGCGCUUGUGUCAGCUGCUCUCACCGGAACAUGAGCCUGUAACAAUUCUCAAGUAUUUGCAGCAAGUUGCGCUAUUAGUACAAGGUAAUUGGGUCGUGAACAGCGAGUUACUCUAUCCCAAGGAUGCGCAAAGUGAUACCUCCGAGCUCAUGUGCAAAGCUCGCGAUCACAUCUUACUACUAUUCAUAGAACAGCAGUUCGUUAACUACAACAUGCUUUCAUCCUUCAUCAAGCUGCAGCAGGACGAGAUUGACAAGAUCUUCGCAGGCAUCGCGACGUACGUACCCAAGAAGGGAUGGCGGCUAAAUACAUUACCAGACUGGAGUUUCUAUGAGAGUCAUCCUGAGGUUGCUCAGCGGCAGAAAGUAUUCUGGGACGCAAAGCAGAAGCUCCUGCGUGAGAUGCUGGAGACUCAAAAUCAACUGCCGCAGCGUCAGCGCCGGAAGUCGCACCGGGAAUCGAUAGGCUCGGAGAACGAGGAGAGAAACGUCGGCCGUGGCCGGAAAUCCCUCAGAGAUUCGUCGUUGUCGGACAACGACAGCACGGCCGAGCCGACGAAGCACAAGAAAAGUUCUCGUUCCAGGAAAGUGUCAGAGACCACGUGACCAAGACCGAUGCGUUAAGGCAAUUAAUUAAAGUUAGGAUAAAACUAAAGUAUCUUCGGCUGUCAUCGUACAAUGUUGUCAUCGUGAUAAUCGAGAAUUGCGAGAAUUGCCCUUGCAAUAUUACGAACUGAAAGUUGUUUCGAGCAGGUCUACUUGAAGUUUAUGUUUAUAUAUGAACAAUGAUACUGUAAUAUAGCAUGUAUGAGGAAUAUCAAGGUGCAAGCAUGUCAUUACAUUUGCAUGUAUUUAUACCUAGCACUUUCCAGGUUUCAAUUGGGGACAGACUUUCCGUGGAUUGUAAUAAAUAAUUAACGAUUAUCGAUCGCUCUAAAGGUAUAUAUAUUGCAAUGCAUUGCUCGAUAUUGCGCAGCUAGAACGACGCUUCGUAAAACGACUGAUUUUGUAUGACCGCUUAGUAGUAUGAAGUAUUAUUAUUAUUAUUAUUAUUAUUAUUAUUAUUGUGGUGAAGAUGUAUAAAUAUUGUAUAAAUGGAUCACUCGAUCAUGAAUGCGUGCUUUGUUCUGUAUAUUACAAUUGUUGUUAUAAUGAAAA